UUAUUCUCCACUUUGCCAAGUCGAUUCAUUGUUCCCAAGAUUCUUCUCUCUAUCUCUGACUCCUCGCUCUCUCUUAUUCUUUCUUCCAUUUCAACCAGAUCUCAUCAACACCGACAAACAGGAGCCUCAAUAGUGAAACAAUCCAUGACGUUUGGCUCAGGAGGAUCGAGUGUCGUGGUCCCUCGGAACUUCAGAUUGCUGGAGGAACUUGAACGUGGAGAAAAAGGCAUUGGAGAUGGCACAGUAAGCUAUGGAAUGGAUGAUGGAGAUGACAUUUACAUGCGCUCUUGGACUGGCACUAUAAUUGGUCCUCACAAUACUGUACAUGAAGGUCGAAUUUAUCAGUUAAAGCUCUUCUGUGAUAAAGAUUACCCGGAGAAACCACCAAGUGUUCGCUUUCAUUCACGGAUCAAUAUGACUUGUGUUAACCAUGAAACUGGAGUGGUGGAACCAAAAAAGUUCGGACUUCUUGCAAAUUGGCAGCGAGAGUACACCAUGGAGGACAUACUGACACAGCUGAAGAAGGAGAUGGCAAUACCACACAACCGUAAGCUGGUCCAGCCUCCUGAGGGUACCUACUUCUAGCUUCCGAGGUCAUAUAGAUAAUGGAGCAUAUUGUUUUUGCAAUGUGCAAUAUGUAGUUUAUAAUCCAGUGUUGGUCUCUGGGGAAUGCCCUCAAAAAGUUUCUCCAGUUACCUUUUCAUGGCUUCGUUGACAUUUUGUCUGUCUUAUUUCAUGGAACUGUAUUAAGGGAUGCUGUUUGAUUAAUGGGAUUUAUCAGUGUGUCAAAUAUUUAAAAACACCCAUCAAGCAGUAAUUUAGUUUUAGCAUCAUGAGCAUAUACUUUAUGGUC